AUGGACGUGCAUGGUGCAGGAAGAACUAAACCAUUCAUCUUUGAUAAGCAAAACAAAGACAACCACUUUAUGCUCUAUACGCAGACGGGACUGCUUUCCUUGAGGGCGUCGGACCGCCGCCUGCACGAUCAAUCGGCUGCACACUUCACGACACAACACCAGGUCUACUUUCAAAGCUCAAAAUGUUUUAAUAACACAUGUGUUCGGUGUGUGCGGGUGUCGUGGACAAUUGCCCUCAUUACACGAUCUCCAUCUGUGAAUGGUUUAGCUGUUAGGUCAGCUGACUGCCAUCAAAUGAUCUCACAGCGUGUCAAGACUGCUGAGGACAUGGAGAUUAAUGAACGCACCAUCGUCAUCCAUCCAGGCCCAAUGAUGGUGUCCCACGUCCGUGUGAUCCGACUAAUGUCACAUCGCGAACCGCGCCCCGCUGCACCUAUUCAUAUAAUGGCAUCGAGCGUGCUCGGUGGGCAGCUCGCGCCAUCUUGUGCAGAAUCCUGA